AAUGGCUCAUGAAAUGGCCUACAAUGUUUUCAACAUUUGUACAGUAUACAUUGUUCCAUUAUUAGUGAUUAUAGGAACUUAUACACUUAUCCUACUGGAAAUAUCGAAGAAGAGUAGAGAAAGCAGAGAACAAGUUGGGGGAGUUGCAACAGGGAAGAAAUCGGAUUGUGAACAACUAAGAAGAAGUGGGGUUGGUAAGAUACAAAAGGCCAAAAUGAAAACCCUCAAGAUGACCGUUAUGAUAGUUCUCGCAUUCAUUCUAUGUUGGACACCUUAUUAUACAAUGUCAACGUGGUAUUGGAUUGAUCCGGAUUCUGCAAAGACUGUUGAUAAAAAAUUGGAAAGAAUACUAUUCAUCUUUGCUGUAUCCAACUCCUGCGUUGAUCCAAUAGUUUACGGUUUAUUCACUUUGGACUUUCGGAAAGAAGUGACAAAAUGCUGCUGUAAGCAAUUUUCGAACCGCUCCGUUACAUCUAGAGCGCCAUCUUCUGUUGGAACAAGACAAUAUUUACUGCAAAAAGACAAGCACGAGGCAAUAUCGUUAAGUAUGAGGAAUGAACAUAGUUUCGAAUUAAAAAAACAUUCUUUUGCCGGUUCGGAAGAUUAG